AAUCGCUAAGCUACGGUGUAAUAUACACUUAAAUUCCACCGCGUUUAUGGAACAAUGAUUUCAACUCAUAUGCUUUGACCGGCACGUACAUAUUCCAGGAGAUAUUUAUGAAAAAGGUGAUUCUAGGGACCACAAUUCGGCCAAAUAAUGCUUUUGGUUGGAACGAGUAAUGGAUUUAGACCAAAGUGCCGCGCCGAAGCAGCUAGUUUUUGCCAAGAUAGAGAAAAUAAUUCGAGAUAUGCAGCAUCAUGAUCGAGGAAUCAAGACUAGAUCACAGAAGGUUUUUCUGACGUCCAUUCCUUGUGCUUUUACAGGUUCGGAGUUGAUCGAGUGGAUAAUGGACAAGCUGCACGUCCAAAGUACUAUCGAAGCAGUUCACGUCGGCAACCUCAUCUGUCACUAUGGUUACAUCUUCCCUGUACAAGACACCAAGAUGAUCGUCCUUAAAGAUGAUGCAACGAUGUACAGGUUCCAGAGCCCGUACUUCUGGCCUUCCCAGAGCAGCCUGGAUCCCGACAACACAGAUUAUGCCAUUUAUCUGGCCAAGCGGUCGAUGAGAAAUAAGCAGCAGCACGGUUUGGAGGAAUUUGAAUCGACUGCUUUUAAUAAACUACAGCGGAUGUUGAGACAUAAGUGGGAUUUCGUCCUGGUGCAAGCUCAAGAACAACUCAGAUUAGCCAAACAUCGGAAGAAAGCUGACAGGAUCGUCGUUGACAGUCAGGAAAAGGCGUACUGGAAAACUCACAGACCACCGCCUGGUCAGAUAAAUUCAUUAGAGACGGACAUCAGGAGGUCGUACCGUCCGUUCGCUCUCAUUCAAAACAAGAAGCGGACGACAGAGGAGCUGAAGAAAGAGGUGGCUUAUUUGGCGAGGCAUGUAUCCAAAGCAAAACUCACAACGUCAAAAGCAUUAGAGGGUAUGGUGAGACGAUGCGAUCGGUAUGCUGAGCAUGAUCCGUUUCUAGCGGGAGCACAGCCUAGCAACCCGUGGGUAACGGAUGACACUACAAUGUGGACGCUAAACACAAUGCUUGUUGACACACCGACCGAGCGACGAAUCAGCCGGUGGUGCAUCAGUCUCCGAGAGCUCCUCCGAGACGCAACGGGACGUCACGAAUUUGAGAUGUUCCUCAAGAAAGAGUACAGCCAGGAAAACAUCCGAUUCUGGCAGGCUUGUGAGGAGCUCAAGUAUGCCCCGCAGUCCGCAGUACCCGACCAGGUGCAUGAGAUUUAUCGAGAGUUUCUUGCUCCGGGCGCACCGUGUGAGAUCAACGUGGAUGGAAGGACGGUGGAAAUGACACAGCUCGCCUUAAGGAAACCGAACCGGUUUGCCUUCGAGGCAGCUCAGCAUCACAUCUUUCUACUGAUGAAGAAAGAUAGCUACCCAAGGUUCAUGAGAUCCAAUGAGUUCAAGAAACUGCUCUCCAAUGCGAUGAGCUGUAACAUAAAGAAAAAGUUUUUCCCCUUCGGCCGCAACUUCAUGAGGACAUCCAAGGUGACCCCAGACGCGACACCGAUGUCUUUAAGAAGACGAGGGAGCUUAGGAGAUGAAGAUGGAGAAAGACAAUGCGUGGGAGAGACUGGGAUGGUUCACUCCCUCAGCGCCAGUAACUUGCAAGACUAUGAACUCAAUAAAAUAUACAAUGUUAAAACGGUGAACAGCAGCAGUAGAGCAUCAAUUGAGAAUGGGGUUCAGCAACAGAGGAAAUCUAUCAGGUUCUCGUCGCUGCAGCCGAUAGACAAGACAACCCUCAUCCACAACAACUCCCUCAACAGGCUAGAGUUGGCCAACCAUAACGGUAUCGCGGAGCGAGGUGGCGGUGGGAACGUCAUCAUGAAUUCGCACAACAUCACUACGACCACCUUCACAACGACCAAUGGCAGCAGCCGAGACACGCAACAGUUGUUCACUGUGCCAACGUGUAAUCUGCCCACCAAGAAAAGUUUAAUCACACCGUGGGAAGAAGAUGGAAGCUGACCCUAGUUCAAAGGUCAAAGGGUCAUUAGCGUGAACUUGUUAACGUGAUAUUUAUAAACUUUUAAACUUCGGGAAAUGAAUUACAGUUGAUUUGUUUCUGUUCUGAGGAAAUAUCUUUGGAGUUUUAUCUACAAUGCAGCUGUGAUUUGGCUUACACAAAGACGACAAUGGUGUACUUUCGUCAAGGGCAGUUUUAAAGAUUUUAAGGUCUUUUUUUUCAUCGUCUUACUUAAUCGUUAAGGGAAUUUGGAAAAGGAUUUCUUUGUUACUUUAUGGUUAAACAGUUGAACAUCCUAAUCUUAUUCAAAAUGCAUUUUUGAGACUUGUUGUGAGUUCAACAAUCAAAUCCGCUUAGCAAUUCUUCUUGCUAAAUAGAUCUGCUGUUCAUUUUAUUCAGUUGGUUGCUGAACACACUGUCUUUAGUAUAAGGUAUACAGAGCAUUCACUGUGACUGCUACUAAUCAUCGGGAGAAUCAGUGAAGGUGGAAGUGGAUUGAAUCAAUCUUGGAAUGGAAAAAAAGCAUGGACAGCAACGAUGGGUUUAUGAGGGCAGGAGGAAAGUAGGACAACUAAAAACAACAUGGAGGAGUAAAGAAUGGAACGAUAACUGCCACUGUAGCAUCAGUUCCUGAUGAGGGCAGGAGAAAGGUCGGACAGCCAAGAGGAGUACUAAAAAUGUGUAUGGCGGAUUACUGCUAUAUGGAGGAUUACUAAAGAGGGAUGACAAUUCGCAGGGGCAAUGAUGUGAGGGGAAGUUCCAACUUCAUAGAGCUAGUCUGCUUAAGCGGAAAAUAUUGCUAAGCAGAAAUUAGCAGAGUACCAGUCACAGA